AUGACGCAUUUUUCUCAAAAACGCAGAAUCGAUGAAAAGAUUCGUCAGUCACAAGGCGCCAGCACUGGAUCGGCCUUUAACAAUGACACUCUUCAUCGUAAGAAUUUUCCAAGAACUCGCCAAAACCGCGAAGGUUUGGCCGGAGGGAGAAACUUGACAAAGAAACAGUCACCCUUUAACUUUCCUUCCUGCUCACAAACCUUGGCUUAUCUUCAGUGGUGGGAAGUACGGAAGAAAAGAACGAUUAGCGGACGCAAUAAAGUAUCUCAGAAAAGUUGGCCAGGUGUUGAAACCGCACAAAAACCGCAUGUAAAAUCAGAGAUGACAAAGGAACGCAUAGAUCCGCACAAGGUGAUUGCUAUGACGGACGUACAUCCGGAAUAUUUUACGGAAUUAUCUGGCAGACCUGUGAAAGAAAAGUUUUCAUUGGAACAAUAUAUAUUAGACAUUCGAGAGGUGUUGAGGACAAGACUGCUCAUUGGCCGAGAGAGGGACGAUUGUAUUCGCAUUGAUCAGCAGUUCGAGCAGGAGUCGAAUCGAUUACAAAAGAUCCAGAACCGCCAUCAGCGAUAUGUGAACAGCUUCGAAGAGUUUUUAUCGAAGGAUCACAAGAAAAGUAUGAACAUACUGGAGAGAGCGGAACUUGAAGCGAAGCAAACUGCCCAGAUCUCUGUACGUAGAAACGAACUGGCGAAGCAAUAUGGCCAGAUCAGACUGGACAUUUACUUCUGGGAGGAAAAUUGGAGGAUGGUGAAGAUGUGUCAACUGUUUCUCUACCGGCUGUCGCCCAUCGCCUGGAGGAUCAAGCACGACUGGCUGCACCGGCUUGAAACGGGCAGUCUCAUCUCUGUUAACGCCGGAGACUUGUUCGGUAGAUACGGAACACCGGACGACGACGCCUCAUUGGAAGACUUGAUAGAGCUAUUCGAGCAAGACAUUGCCGAAGCCGGUCCCGCCGAGCUCUACUUCGAGGACCCUUUCGAACUCAUCCAAGUUUUCCGAACGAUGGAGACACAAAAUUUAAACGCACUCAUACACCUGGAAUCGCUCGCCGGCCCGAUGGCGGAUGUGACCACGACUAUCGCCGUGACCGAGGCGCGCAUCAAACAGGAAGUCGGCGAGAUCUCGUCGACGAUCGACGACUUGAAAGGUCGCAUCGCUGAGGCGGAGAACAGAGCGGCGAGUCUCGAGAAAUACGCCGAUCAGCUUCUCCGAGGGGUGUUUCGGGAUCUCGUUUGUUCCGAAGAGGUGCUCCACCUUCGUGUUUUCGUCGAGGACGCGUAUGAAACUUGCGUGGGCCCGAAUGACGCGAAUCUCGACAGUUUCUCGAUGAUGAAGUGGGUCGAGAGGACUCACGAGGAACUGAAUCUCCAACUGGACAAUCUGCCACGUCGAAUCGUCCGCGCUUGCGAGAAGGAAGGCUUCAGGCAAGAGAUGAAAGCCACGAAAGAAGCGGAGGAUGCGGCGAGGAAGUUCGAGCUGAUGCACCAACUGUUGAGCAUGUUGAAGCGCAUUAUGCAACCACCCAAAGCGAAGAAACGGCCGUUAAUCCGACGCUCGGCGCCCAUCGUGACCAAAGCGAAACUGUCUUUACCUCCGGCGGAGCCGACGGUACAAGAAAUGCGACAUCUCGCUUUCUUUACCGAUUUCUGCAAAUGUGACAAUUCCCAAACGCAUCGUUCCAAAUUACCGUACGAUUUCGACCCUACGUUCCAAAGCAAGGCUCUGGAUGGCCGAGUCGAACCAACGACGUUGGUGGACAACGAUAACUAGAUAAAAGAUC